AGAAGGCUCCUGGAUGCAGCGCGGCCUGUGGGGAGUGGGGAGGGCGUGGGGCAUCUGACACCCCCGCCAGGAUCGCCAAGAGCCAUGACAUCAACUGUGCAGACGCUGCGCUUCAAGCUGCUGCCGCACGACACCGGGCAGGAGUGGGUGCACAGCUGCGAGCGGGAGAUUGAGCGCCGGUACCAGGUGGUGCCCUCUGUCGUGUGCGCCAUGUGCUGCCUCUUUGGGAUCAUCUACUGCUUCUUUGGCUACCGCUGCUUCAAGGCCAUCAUGUUCCUGACCGGGCUGAUGUUUGGCUCCAUCAUCAUCUUCAUGCUGUGCUACAAGGAGCGGGUGCUGGACACACAGCUGAGCGUGGAGGCCUCGGUGGGCAUCGGGCUGGGCAUCGGGGCGCUGUGCGGGCUGGUCACCAUGCUGGUGCGCAGCGUUGGGCUCUUCAUGGUGGGGCUGCUGCUGGGGCUGCUGCUGGCGCUGGCCACGCGUGGCAUGGAGCAGUUCUACCACCCACCCACGGUGUAUCCCAUCGGCUGCUGCUGGGCGUGGGCAAUGCUCGGCGCCGUGCUCACCCUGCAGUGGCAGAAGUUCUUUACCACCCUCUCCACGGCCGUCUUUGGCAGCGCCAUCAUGACCGUCACCAUCGACUACUUCAUUGAGCUGCUGCUACUGGUGCAGUACGUCUACGAGCGUGUCAAGGUGGCGCCCGCGCGGCCCAUGUGCUGGUACAGCUGGGUCAUCCUGGGCGUCUGGCCUGUCCUCACCAUGCUGGGCGUGCUGGUGCAGUAAGUCACGGCCGAGGGGUACUCCCACACUGAAGUGGUUAUCAGCCAGCAGCAGCGCCGGGUGCAGCUGAUGCGGAUCAAGCAGCGGGAGGAGCGGAAGGAGAAGAAGCGGAGGCCACCCCAUCCCUCUCCCCACCCACACAAGGCCCACCUGCCCGAGCCCAGCUACCGACGCAAGCCAACCCCUGUGCGCCGCUUCGACGGGGACGUGCUCUCCCCCAGCUACAUCCAGAGUUUCCGGGAGCGGCAGACGGGUACGUCACUCAGCAGCCUCAUCACGAGCACGCACGCCGUGGUCGACCUGGACUAUGACUGCGGCUCUACCGUGCCCUUGACCAUGGGCUCUGGCCCAGCUCUUCGGGUAUAGCCCAGACCCCCCUGACCUCUAGUGACACCAGCAGCAGGGCUCGGUCAGGCCCAGCAUGGACCGACACACCAGAGCCCGCACGGACCAGCCCUCCGCACACACCAGGGCCCCGCCAGGACCAGCACGGACCAGCCCUCCGGACACACCAGGGCCAGCAGGAGUCAGAUGCCAGGGGGGUGUUCGAGGGGACUGUUGUGGCCCGUUUGAGGCAGGAAGGCUAUCCCUGGGGCGGUCUGACGGGGCAUGUGCAGGACUCUGCCCUGUGAUCCCUAGCCGGCGAGCAACGCAGGGAGAGGGUUAAUCCCACUCGCUGGCACAGACACUGCAUGGUGGCAUGGUACACAUGGACUCCUGGAGCAGGGUGAGCACCCCACCGCCACACCCCGAGGGGGGCACAGCCCAUGGCAGGGGCUGAUGAGCCAUGGCCCCAUGUGCCAAAGAGGCCCCAGAGCACCUGGUACUACCAGCUUUCUCCCAGAGGCCCCCAGGAGCAGCUCCCUGCAUGCCUCCCCUUAGCCCCCCCAGUGUCCCCCACGCAGCUCAGUGAGCAGCUUCCUGAGUGCCUCUUCCCCCCACUCUCCACCCCAACCCCCCCAGCAUAGCUCCAUGGUGCCUGUUCCCCCACGCUCUGCCCACCCCAGUGUAG